UAAAGCACGCCCGAGAUCCCACGCGAAGAAAAUUGAAGAGCGUCCGAGAAUUGAGUAAAAAGAAACCUUGACACAACAAUUAUCGAUUGGUUUACCGACCGACCAACUACUGUGUGUGAACCACAGCAAUUAACUCUGCCACACCAUGUUCCGAUCCAGCGGGGAUGUCUUCAAGGACAACCUCUCGAGUCUCACGGGAAGCCAGCAGGACGAUGAACUCAGCGAUGACGACAACGCGGCUCCRGAAAUGGCUUCGGAGCUCGACGAGGCCAACGAAGAAAUGAUGGAGGAUCCCAGGAAACUAGCCCUGGAGGAGUUAGAAUCCCGUGUGGUCGACGCGCUGGACAAGGUGAUGCAGCACUCGGGGAUGAAAGAACAAGGCAGCAGCAGUGUCCAGGACGAACUCGCUACGAUUUUGCGACCGGUGAUAGAAAUCGCUGCUCAYACGGCACCCAGUAUUGCUCGAACCUACUACCAGGGAGCUCUUUCGGUUGCCGAGGGAGUGGAGGCCUCGUGCGACGAAGUGUAUCAACAAAUUGUCAGUGAUUUGGUGUUGCCGAGCUUGUUCGACAUUGCUCAAACGGAUACGAUUCCUGCGAAACGAAGUGCUAGCCUGGAAUUCUUUCGGACACUCUUCAAAGAAUUCCAAAAGCCCGGAAGCUGGUUGGAUGUGAACUAUAUCAACAGCGCGAAUGCAGGUCCGUAUGGAUCGGGAAACGUGAGCUCAUCGAGCAAGCGCUCGUCUCAUACCCAGCGGCARCCUCCUACACAACUCAAACGGCGGCAGGCUCGACGCAUGCAACGAGAGGGAGAGGUGCUGCGGUAUUGGGUCAAAGCGAGUAUAGCCUGUCUCACCCCGGGAGUAUUUACGGCYGAGGCCUCCGAAAUGACGGUAGCAUCGCGUGGRGUGAUUGCGGCCUCGGCCUCGAUUCGUCCAUCUCUCAAACACAUAGCCCAGCGCAUUCGAGACGCCGAUGAUCGAGGCGCCAACAAGAUAUUUACACCCGUCAUGCAAAUGGUAGAGGGGGUAAGUUUGAUCGUUCGUCUUUCGUCUUUCGUCGUUCGAUUUGUAACGAAGUUUUUCCAACGGAAGCUCAAGGGCGCACUAUGUCUGUUCGUGUCCCUCAUUAUUUCUUUUUCCGUGAUUCCGUGAUGCACAUUUUUUUUUUCUAUUUCCCAUUUUCAAUUAGGUACUCAAAAAACUAUUCUUUUCAACUUCGGAAGCGAGGCAAGGCGACGCUCUCCGAAGCUCUUGUAUCAAGUUUCUUGAAAUUGUUUGGUGCGUGGCCUCUUUCACAUUCGUGUGUCGAAGGAUUUUCUUUUUCUCAUUAUUCUAACGAGCUUCAAUGUUCUCUCCCGCUGCAUUUACUAGCUUGUGUUGUUCCGGCAAACCCCAGGAUUCCUCCUCAAGACGAAAAGAACAUACGGUAAGCUUAUUGGAUGACGUUUGAAAUCGGAAUCAUGAUUAUCAACGGCUCAAAACCUCAUUGCCUUCUUUUUAUUUGUUCUUCAGCGUGACGAUUUUUCGUUGAAAGACCUUCCAGCAGGUCAUCCAAUCAUUACUAGGGAAGCUUUGGAAUCUAUUGCUGAUUACGCAUUUUCCACUUUAAGGGGUCUCACAGUGUUGGGUGGGCAGGUCAAAAUCGAUCGYAAUUUGCUUUCAGAUAUGUUGGUAGGAGAAGUAACGGGGUUGCCAACUGCGCCAGUCCUAUCAAUAUUGAAACCAGCCGCAUUGGCCUACUUGGAGAUUGAAUCGAACCUGCCUUCAAGCGAAGCGGAAAAUGCKUUGGAUAUCAAAAUCGAUAGAUCGUCYCUUGAAUACGACUUUUUCUUGUCGCAAAAGUCAUAUGCAUUGACUGUCAAUGCAAUUGCUGCGCUGGCGGUCAACCGUCCUCUUUUCUUUAAAAGUGGUGCAGUAUGUUUAGCACGACGGUGUGCCGAUCCACCAUCAUAUGUAGRACAAGAUGAGGGGACCUACCACAACAACAACAAUCUAUCAAAAUCUGCAGUAUUGGCGGUUCGGUCGCAUGUGAAGUCCUCUUGUUUGACUCUUUUACGUAAUGCUUUAUCAGUUCAAACAAAAUCGUCUGCUCUUCUUCAUAAAGUUCUUGCGGAAAAGUGUAGUAUGAAAAUUCAAGCCGACAAAGCCCUCGGCAUGGCCGAAACCACCGUAAAACUGAAAACUGCCGGUCGUGCCGCACGUAAUCAAGCGAAAAUUCAUUAUGAAUGGGACACAAGUGCUGCUGAUGAGAGAACAUCAAAAAGAAAACGUGAGACGGAUGAUGCUUUGGCUAAGAUGCGUACAGCCAAGGUUGCACGUGGAUUGGGAAACGGAAUUCAACUCCCAACAUCUACUGUGGAUGCAAUCGAGUUAGUCAUAGAAAAUAUCAAAAAURUUCCAUCCAAACGACCAUUGGACAAAGCGAUUGGUGCAUCCAGGAAGAAGACACCAUUUACAUUGGAUAUUCUUGUAGAYGCCAUAAUGACCAAUGGUGCCUCUUUGRUACAGGAAGAAGGRCGGUGGUAUUCGCGAGAUGGAGGUACUGCCUGGUCCACAACAACUUUGGAAAACGAAGCAGAAAGGAAAUACGAAUUGAAUGUGAAAUUUGUAGAUGGUGGAAAGAGUACAGAAAUUGAAAAAAAGAAAAAGACGUUUGACAGCCAGUGCCAGACGGCGGCAUCCGAAGCUCUUCGUCGCAUUGUUGUAAAUAGCCUGUCGAGUCGYAAUGCUGAAUUAUCAGAUUUUGCAAACGGUGUUGCUGCUCGCUUAUGUUGGACACUCAAAGGUGUUCGUCCCGCUGAAGGUUUGAACCAGGCCCAAGACAUGGCACUGGAUUCGAUUSAAAGUGCCAAAAUGCGCAUUAAGGAUGAAAAGAAACUGGCAACUAUGGACAAACUUGCAGAAUCGUUUCCCCUGGUAACAUCAUGUGUUUCUCUCUCGUCAACUCCCGCUAUUUCAUAUGGCAUGAGUGUUCCUAACUCAGAUGCUGCAUCCUCGUUAAGCACCGCAAUUAUCAAUGAGGCAUACGUUCAAGAUGCAUACCGUGACGAACACGAUGAAGUUGACCAAGACAGUGACUGGAAGUAUGAUACAAGCCUUGAUGUUUUUGUAAGUUCCGUUGUUCACGCAAGCGAAAGAUCCAACGAAAAACCAUCAGACGCGGWSAGAAAGAACGUGGCAACRAAUUCUAGCAACUCGAUGCAACACAAAUUAGGAASUYUUCCUCGUUUGAGCUCGUCGGCUUUAGCCCUGGUCAGUGCUAUGUGUGAUCUCGAUGGCAUAACCAAAAAGGCAGCCGAAGCUUCGCGCAAGAACUCGCAGCAGACUAUUGCAGCGUCUGCUGCACUAAAUGCUGCGAGGCAGGCUGCGGAAAAGAGGGCGAACACUGCUCUUCUUGUUCUUCGCGAUGCUUCUUUUCAGCGGAGUAAUCCAAAAUCUCGAAAAGAUGCGGUUCGAAUAGCUGUUGGUCUGGCAGCUGGACAAGCAAAUGCAAGUAGCAGUUGUGAGGAAAAGGCACUAAAACUUGUCAUAAACAUGCUAUAUCCAAAAUCACAAACUAUUGCAGAUGAUGUUGUCGAAGCUGCUACUGCUGAGCUCAAAACUAUUUGCAGGUUUGCACAGGAAAAUUAUACCAAGAUUCAGAAGGCAAACAGAGAAGCCAAAGAAAAGGAAAGCGAAUCAUCCCACAAGUCUCCAAUGGCACCAGAUAGUGAAGAAGAAAAAGAAGCUAUGGACAACGCUCGGAAGCCAAUYAUCCUUUACAUGGCGCUUUGUAUUAGACGGCCUGUCUUGAUAAAAACGCUUUUUGAACUGAGUUCUGCAGAAAAGGCUGAUGUCGUSUCCAAGACAGUGAGGCAAAACAUGUCAAAACUUGCUCGGGCCACAGGGACUAAACAUGGAGCUUCUGAUGUAGCUCUCAUGGUAGCUGAAGCAUCGACCAGAAAAGAAACAUCUCUGCUGCUGUCAUUUUUGGACGCYCUCGCACCAAUUGGUGAAAAAAAUAUGGUGUCCGAUGAUUUUAUUGAAGCUUGUUACAAGAUUCAGGAAAUGAAGGCUGAGGGUAGCCGCAAGAAUCCUGGAUUCUUGAUCCCAGUGGUUUUUGCUAUAAAGCGACAAGAUCUUAUACCAAAGUUACCAGAAUUUGUUGUGGCCGAUGGUGACGUUUUCAUGGCUGCACUUCGCAAGAUGGCAGAAAGGCUCGGGCGUCAGGCUCUGCUGUUCAGAGACGAGCCCAACGAAGAAGAACCAUCGCUUAAGGGAAUGACUCAUUGCGAACAGUUUGUAUUCUUGCACAAAUUGGAUUUUGAAGCUGCGGGUGUGAAACAGAAAGAAUAUCUUGAUGCUAUCAAAAUGUGUUUGGACAACGAAGAAAUAUUCAACGAUCAAGUUGUGAUGUCAGCUUUGGAUCACAUGAGUGGUGUUUUUUUAACUGGUUCUGAAUCAUUGCCAUUGGCAUUCAUGCGCACGUGUAUUUUGGUCUGCUCAAAGCACGAGAGCUUGCACAACUGGAUUUGUCACACCCUCUUGCCACGAUUGGUCGAUGGCAAGCUUUACGAGGAGUCUAGAUUGUGGGAAGGUUGGAUGCGAUGUGCUAAAAUGCUAGAAAAUCAUGCUGACACUGGAGUGAGUAGUAAGGAAGCAAUUGAUAAACUACCGCCUGCGCAGCUUGCUAUGUACAAUGCGAGGUAUGGGAGCUGAGACAUUCAGUAUAAUUUGURCCGCCUCUUUYCUAGAAUAUUCGAGUUUGAAAAAAUGGUAUAAAACCUGGCUAGUCUA